CUCUUCCCCCCACCCACCCACCACCGGCUGCCUUGGAGGCGGCAUCACAGAAAACUGAGGCGGCCGCCGCGGCCGCGGCUGGAGGAGACGCAACAACACCGCCACCAUCCGCAGCCAUCGGACACCACGGCCCCGCGAUCGCCGCCUCCGUCCCGCGCCAAUGGAGGCGGCAGAGGCCGGGGAGGAGGAGGCGGCGGCGGCGGCGGGGAGCGGGCGCGGCGCCCAGGCGCUGGUGCGGGUGAAGGGAGGGAGGCACUCGAGAGAGAAUGGCCUUCGCGCGCCGUCGGGCGGGGGAGGAGGAGCCAAGCGGCGCAAGCAGUCGCAGCAAGCGCAGCCGUGCCCCGUGUGCGGCGGUCCCCUCUCGGGCUCCCUGCACGAGCGCAGCCAGCACGUCAACGCUUGCCUCUCGCGGCAGGGCUGCAUGGCUGAGAAUCGUGGCGGUGGCGGUAGCGGCAGCGGCGGCGGUGGUCGGGAGGAGCUGAAGGUUUGCGUGGACGGGAGCAGCUCGGAGGAGGAGUCGUUUGAGGAGUAUGAGUGGUGCGGGGAGACGCGCGUCCGGGCCAGCUCCCUGCUCGUCGGAGGAUACCGCGGCUCGGGGUUCGUAACGAACAGCGGUGUCUGCCAGGAGAGUGAGGGGGAGCUGGACGUAGAGGGAGACCAGAGUCUGCAGUUCGGCUCUCCCCAGUACUCGGAGGCGGACGUGGUUCCGUGCGACGAGGACGGGCAGGGAGACGCCCUGGAGCGGCAAGCCCUCCGCGGGGCCCUCAUCAAUGGAGAUGUCCCCUGUGCGAGGCUGAGUGGAGAACCUCCGAAGUGGGAGCGACCAGAGGACGACAUUCCGUCUACGAGCAGCGCCGCAGGGAGCAGCGAGAAGAGCAGGACGCAGCGCAACAGCGACAUCCACAGGCCGGGCAGCAGCUCCAGCGGUGUGAUGAUCCAGGCGCUGAAGGCUCGGGUUCAGGAGCUGGAGAGGCUGGUGGAGAGAGGAGACCGCUACCACUGCCUCAUAUGCAUGGAGCCUUACACUCAGCCGCUGGUGUCCGUGCAGUGCUGGCACGUGCACUGUGAGGAGUGUUGGCUGCGUUCACUGGGUGCCAAGAAGCUGUGCCCUCGCUGUAACGCCAUCACGUCGCCUCGCGACCUCCGCCGUGUCUACCUGUGACCCCACCCCCGCCGCCAUCUUGUAAACCCACAACCGCCUCCACCCGUGAUUCAGCCCCCCCCCCUCCUCCUCCUCCUCCCGACGAGUGAAGCUGUCACCUCCUACCCGUGACCUCGCCAUCGCCACUCCCGGCGACCCCAGCAGAGUGUCGAGGUUCGCCAAAUCCCUGGCCCUUUGGAGCAACACGGGCAGAGCAAGGGGAACUUCCUAGGUAAUGAGGUUUACCUGUCCGCAAAGGCCGCGGCCGCCGUCCGUGGCGUGGACUCGCGCGUGAACGGCACGGACUCGACGCCGUGCAGCCGAGCGCUCCCCCGACGACUCCCGUCGCUGUCUCUCCUUUGCUCCGCGGGUCGCCCGCCCGCCCACCCGCCCGCCCGCCCGCCCCUCUGUUGCGACGUUCGAUCGAGAAGAGGCGAGGAGCCCGGGGAAGCCUCGUCAUCGGGGGAUUCUUAUUUUGUCAACUUUCGUUCGGGUCGCUGAUAGGCUGGAGUAGGUGGCACAUAAUAAUAAUAGGCACAGCCACGAUGAGGUUUAAUCGAUGUGGUGUGCCCUACGGCUUAAUUCGUCACUGAUUAAUUACAAGGUCAUUUAGUAGAUCGGAAGGUGUCAGGCGACUAGUAGCCGCGGCAAGAGGGGCUUACCGAAUGCGGUUUGCUGGGUGCGGAAAUAUUCUUCGGGGUCGCCGUGCUGGGCAAAGCCAGUUUGAAGUUUGGAGGCAAGUUGCCAUGGUUGAACCCGUGAGGGCUGAUGGGGAGCCACAGUGCAUCAUGUGGACCCCCCCCCACCCACCAUCACCACCCACAAUCCAAAUGGUCUCAGAGAUAUUUUAUAUAUCUCGAUGGCCAUGGUCGUCACCGGCGUCACCACCGCACAAGUGGACGUGUAUGACGGGGAGCCGAGUUUGGUGUAGGACUGUGUGUUGAGUCUGUUGAUUCUGAGACAGGUGCGUGUGCGCGUGUGUGUGCGUGCGCGUGCGUGCGCGUGCGCG